GGAUUACGGUACCACUCUCAUAUAAUCACUAACGUGUUGAUAUUGCGCAUGAAGGUUUUACAACUUUCUGUAGGGAGUGGGGGUGCUGGUUAGGCUAUUGGUUGCCCUGAGGAGUCGUCAUUUACAUGCGUCAGGAAUUACAGGAUAGUAGACAUCGUGGGCUAAGGGAAGAGUUAAGUUGUAUGUGGUAGUUUUAUGGAAUUUCUGUAGGAGACAUGGCUGCAAAAGAUUCGAAGCGUGAGACGUUAAGUCAUAUUUCUCUUUACCCAGAUCUUCAGGAAGAGUUUCAGGCAAAAGUGACUAAAAUUGCGAAACAUGCAAAGCAAGAAGUGCUGACUCCUGGUGUUGUAUACCUGGGCCAUAUCCCUGUAGGUUUUCAAGAACCACAAAUACGUGGUUAUUUCAGUCAGUUUGGAACAAUUACAAGGCUUCGACUUUCAAGGAGUAAAAAAACAGGCCACAGCAAAGGCUAUGCCUUUGUGGAAUUUGAAUGUGAUGAAGUUGCCAAAAUAGUUGCAGAGACUAUGAACAAUUACCUAUUCAAUGAAAGAAUUUUAAAGUGCCAUUUCAUGCCACCAGAGAAAGUACACCCAAGUUUGUUUAAAGGUUGUGAUAGGCUGUUUAAGAAACCAUGCAGGCCAUCAGUAGCUCGAUACAACAGAAAAAGAAAUGUGACCCAGAAGGCCAAGAUGAUAAAAAAAUUGACGGCAAAAGAGAACAAACUGCGUAAAAGACUUUCCGAAAAGGGAAUAGACUAUGAUUUUCCUGGAUUUGCUGCACAAAAACCAAAGAAGAAAAGGAAAGAAACUACAAAUCCAGACUCCCCCAUUGAAAAAUCUGAGAGUAGUGAGGCUGCAGAUAGACUUGAGAAGACAAAGAAACAAAGUACAGAGCCAGAAUCUCACCUGGAUAUAUCUGUAAACAGCCAGGAAAAAGGAUGGUGUAUCACUAUACUGAAGAAAAUAGUGAAGGAGCAUAGUAGUGUGAUGAGAGAAGUGAAAGAUAGGAGUUUAAAGAAAAAUCAACAAAUUGUGGAUAUUGUUAUAAGCUGUAUAGAAAAAAAAUUUAGUUAA